GGGUGGUGAGGAUGCGGGUGAGGUACCCGGAGAGAGUGUCAAGGAGGGUCGCAGGCGCCGAGCCAAGCUCCGCCUCCGCACGCUGCAUGCGCUGCUGCGUCUGGCUGCCUCCGAGGGGGGACUGCUGGCGGUGGCGCUGAGCGCGGGGGUGGUGGCGGCGCUGGGGGCCGCACUGCUGCCCUACCUCACCGGACAGAUCAUCGACUUCGCGUCCAUCGAGCCCGACAGGUCCCAGUUCUCCCGCACCACCCUCCGCCUGCUUGCCGUCGCCGCCCUCACCGCUGUCUUCACCGGCGGGCGGGGCGGGCUGUUCACGGUGCUGGGUUGCAGGCUGAAUGUUGGGCUGAGGAGGGGCCUGCUGCACUCGCUGCUGCAGCAAGACAUGGGUUUCUUCGACGCCAGCAAGACCGGCGAGAUCACCUCCCGACUGGCAGCCGACACGUCCACCGUGGCGGAUCAGAUCGGCCUCAACCUCAACGUGUUGAUGCGGAGUGCCACUCAGGCUGCCAUGGUGCUCGUGUUCAUGUUCGCCGCCUCCUGGCGCCUGACUGUGGUCACCUUCAUACUGGUGCCGGUGGUCAUGACCAUCAGCCAGGUGUACGGGCACUACUACAGCCGCCUAGCCCGGCGCGUGCAGUCCUCCCUGGCCGCCGCCAACGGGGUGGCGGAGGAGGCGCUGGGCAGCAUGGGAACCAUCAAGGCGCAUGCGGCUCAGGACUCCACCCAGGCAGCAUACGCCGCCAAACUGGCCGACUUUUACCGCCUGCAGCUCACCGAGGCGCUGUUGUACGCGGUGUACGCCGCCCUCAACACCUUCCUGCCCGGCCUGGUGGCGGCGGUGGUGCUGUUCUACGGAGGCAACCUGGUGCUGGCGGGGAGGAUGAGCCCCGGCAGCCUGGUGUCGUUCAUGCUGUACCAGCAGUCGCUGUCUGCCGCCUUCACCGCCAUGGGGGAUGUGGUCAGCACGCUGGUGGGGGCGCUGGGGGCGGCGGAGAAGGUGGUGGAGCUCAUUCACCGGCCGCCCGCCUUCCCCGCCGGCGGCCGCACGGUGCUGCCCUCCCUGGCGGGGCGGGUGGAGCUGCGGCGUGUGUGUUUCGCCUACCCCGCCCGCCCGCACGUGCGGGUGCUGAGCGGGCUGGACCUGGUGGUGCAGCCGGGUGAGGUGGUGGCGCUUGUGGGUCCCUCGGGUGGGGGCAAGUCGAGCAUCGUGAAGCUGAUUGAGCGGUUCUACCUGCCUACAGAGGGGAGUGUGUUGCUGGACGGUCAUGACAUCGGAGAUCUGGAUCCAAAGUGGUUCCGGAGGCAGGUGGCGUUGGUCAGCCAGGAGCCCGUGUUGUACGGCAGAUCCAUUCGCCGCAACAUCGUACUGGGGCUGGAGCCCGAGGACGGCUGCCCCUACACGCCAACACAGGCUGAGGUGGAGGAGGCGGCGCGUCAGGCCAAUGCCCAUGACUUCAUCUCCCGCCUGCCGGCUGGCUACGACACGUGUUGCGGGGAGCGCGGGGCGGCGCUGAGCGGGGGACAGCGGCAGCGCAUCGCCAUUGCGCGGGCGCUGGUGCGGCGGCCGAGGGUGUUGUUGCUUGAUGAGGCAACCAGCGCAUUGGAUGCGGACAGCGAGGCCCUGGUGCAGGAGGCGCUCAGUCGCGUGAUGACGGGGCGCACCGUGCUGGUGAUCGCCCACCGGCUGUCCACCAUCCAGGGGGCGGACAGGAUAUACGUGAUUGGAGGCGGCACGGUGCAGGAGGUCGGCACCCACUCCGAGCUGCUGGCUGCCGGGGGCGGGUAUGCGCAGCUGGUGCGCCGGCAGAUCACCGGGGGAGCCUCGCAGGCGAGUCUGCUGGCCAGUCCCGCGGCGCUGCUGCGCCCCUCCGUGGGCAGCACUGCCUCCCUCAC